AAACCCAAUAUUUGGUAGUAAUAAUAACAAGACAUUGAGGUAUUUUCUGAUUUCUCUCAAUUUUCAAACCUCCAAGGUUCUGAAACAAAUAGCAACAUCAUUUUUUUAUUAGUUACAUAAGAAGAAAAAAUACACACACAAACACAAAGAGUGUAAUCAAAUGGCUACUUCAGUUUCUGCAACUGGGUGUGUUGGUUCAUCGUUCUAUGGAAGUUGGGGAAGUUCCAUGGCAGGUGAAGAAUAUAGUAUGCUGGCAAAAUCGUCGCAAGUUCGAUUUGGAAGGAAAAAAGGUUUGAGGAUGCAACCAAUGAUGAAGAAUGUGAAUGAAGGGAAAGGAAUCUUUGCUCCUAUUGUGGUUGUCACACGCAACAUCAUUGGCAAGAAGCGUUUCAACCAACUUAGAGGCAAAGCCAUUGCUUUACACUCUCAGGUAAUUACUGAAUUCUGCAAAUCAAUAGGAGCUGAUGCAAAACAGAGACAGGGAUAAGGUUAGCCAAGAAGAAUGGAGAAUGGCUUGGAUUUCUUGCAUGAAAUAUUUAACAAAUGUUUCAUACAUUUUGUAAUUAUCAUGUGAGAAGUUAAAAUUUCAAUGUCCAAACUUGAUGGCUUUUAAUUUUGACAGUACAAUGUAAACUAGGAACAUAUAUCUUCUAGUUGUGAUUUUUCAUUUUUCGUUAAUUUUUCUCUUAUUUUGUUCUUUAAACAUAUAUUAAAAAGAAUAAAUAGGAAUUGGAUAUCAAUUGCGAUCCAA